GGAAACUAAAAGCAAGUCGGUAAAAAAAAAAAAGGCAUUUUCUGAGAUAUCUCCGCUUUGUUCUCUGCUUCGUGUCAUUCUUGUCGCAGAUCUCGAAGAGAGACCCCCGUGAGUUUCUCAUCGAUUCCGCAGAGUAAAAAAAGGUUCGUGUCUCUCGAUGGGUUCUUCGUCGGGGCAACCCGAAUUUGAUUACUUGUUCAAGGUUCUAUUGAUCGGAGAUUCUGGUGUUGGCAAAAGCUCUCUUUUGCUUAGUUUCACAUCCAAUACGUUUGAUGAUCUUUCUCCUACAAUCGGGGUUGAUUUCAAGGUCAAGUAUCUUACCAUUGGAGAGAAGAAACUGAAGCUUGCGAUUUGGGACACAGCUGGGCAAGAGAGAUUUAGGACGCUAACAAGUUCGUAUUACAGAGGAGCUCAGGGCAUCAUAAUGGUAUAUGAUGUGACGCGACGUGAUACAUUCACCAAUCUAUCAGAUAUAUGGGCUAAGGAAAUCGACCUCUACUCGACCAAUCAGGAUUGCAUCAAAAUGCUUGUUGGGAAUAAAGUCGACAAGGAGAGUGAACGAGCUGUAUCUAAAAAAGAAGGCAUAGACUUUGCUCGGGAGUACGGAUGUUUGUUUCUGGAGUGCAGUGCAAAGACUCGAGUCAAUGUUGAGCAAUGUUUUGAAGAGCUUGUUCUUAAGAUUUUGGAAACGCCGAGUCUUACUGCUGAAGGUUCGUCUGGAGGGAAGAAAAACAUCUUCAAACAAAACCCAGCACAGACCAGCAAUGCUUCAUCUAGUUACUGCUGCUCGUCUUAGACAUGGCUUUACGGUUUAUGACACAGACUCCACUCUUGUUUGUCUUCUUGUUCUUGAUUGUCUCUCUGUUCCCAAAAAACCUGCAACAUCUUGGAUGUAAAUCUUAACCCUACUUUCAAAGUUGUGUUCACUGGUUUUCUAAUCUGAGAUCAUCCCAUAUUAUUCA